GACAAUCCAAAGUGAAACGAAACAGGAGUUGUUUCAACAAUUGUGUCUAAUAGAAGAAAUACAACUCAGCCAAAGAGGCAUUGCAAUGCAAGUAUCUCUUGCGGUUCUCAGUCGCAGCUUAGCAAUAGCUAUAGCCAAGGCUAUAGAGAUGUGGGUGACUCAUCUUGCUACCUUUCUUACUCUUUGGCUGCACCAGGCGAAAGGCUGCAGCAGGAGCAUCAGCUCAGCCUGGGUACAAGUUCUCAACUACAAGCAUCCAAUUCAGACUUUGCCUUCUCCUCCAGGGAAAGAUAUAUAUACACUAGUAAAAAAUGUUUACCAUUCUCCAGUCAAGUUACGAAAAAUAACUUUACAGAGGACGUGUCGUAAAGGACAGUGGGAGGAGGACAAUGGGGGUUGGAGGUGCCUCCCCCCAAAUGUUGCUGUGGCUCAGACUGUUGAGUUUGAUCUUUCUGGUGACCGCCCUGAACCCAGAUGAUCCCAACGUGUGCAGCCACUGGGAGAGUUACGCCGUGACCGUCCAAGAGUCUUAUGCUCAUCCUUUUGACCAGGUCUACUAUACUCGCUGCACUGACAUUCUCAACUGGUUCAAAUGCACAAGACACAGGAUCAGCUACAAGACAGCCUACAGAAGAGGUGUGAGAACCAUGUACAGGCGACGCUCUCAGUGCUGCCCGGGUUUCUAUGAAAGUGGAGAUCUGUGUGUUCCAUUGUGUACUGAGGAGUGUGCCCACGGUCGGUGUGUCUCUCCUGACACCUGCCAAUGUGAGCCCGGCUGGGGAGGUCUGGACUGCUCAAGCGCCUGUGAAAGUGACUUCUGGGGUCCCCACUGCACUAAUCGCUGUCAGUGUCGGAACGGGGCCAAAUGUAACCCAAUCACGGGAGCCUGCGUCUGCACAGAUGGCUACCAGGGCUGGCGUUGCGAGGAGCCGUGUGAGCACAACUUCUAUGGCAAGGACUGUCUGCUCGAGUGCCAAUGCCUAAACGGUGCAACAUGCCACCACGAAAGUGGCGAGUGCUUCUGUGGACCCGGAUACACUGGGGCAUUUUGCAAGGACCCUUGUCCACCAGGGAAGCAUGGCCCCUUGUGCGAGCAGCGCUGUCCCUGUCAGAAUGGCGGAACGUGCCAUCAUGUGACUGGCGCAUGCUCCUGUCCUGCUGGUUGGGUGGGUCCUGUGUGCGCACAGCCGUGUCAGUUUGGCUCAUUCGGCAUCAAUUGCUCCCUGGAGUGCACGUGUCGUAAUGGAGGCCUGUGUGAUCACAUCAGCGGCCAGUGCCAAUGCACUUCUGGCUACAUUGGAGAAAGGUGCCAGGAUGAAUGUCCAGUCAGCACUUACGGGCCUCAGUGUGCCCAUAAAUGCGACUGCCAGAAUGGGGCGGAAUGCUACCACAUCAACGGGGCCUGUCUUUGCAAUGAGGGAUUCAAGGGUCCAAGCUGCCAAGACCGCUUCUGUCCAGCUGGAAUAUAUGGACUCCUCUGUGACAAGGAGUGCCCCUGCAAAAUGGCAAACACACUCAGCUGCCACCCUUUGUCAGGCGAAUGCACAUGUGCUGCAGGAUGGACUGGACUAUUCUGCAACGAGACUUGUCCGGCAGGUUACUACGGUGAAGGCUGCAAAGAAGUGUGUGACUGUGCUAAUGGAGCCGACUGUGACGGCGUCACUGGAACAUGCAUGUGUGCUCCAGGAUAUAUAGGGGAGGACUGCUCUAUUGUCUGUCCUGCAGGCCUGUAUGGGACCAACUGCACAUCGUCGUGUUUCUGUCACAAUGAGAUAUCAUGCUCACACGUCGAUGGCUCAUGCAUCUGCGGAGAAGGUUGGCAGGGAGUUGACUGCUCCAUCCCAUGCUCCAGCGGAAACUGGGGUCUAACCUGCAAUCAGAUCUGUCAGUGUGAAAACGGGGCAGCCUGUGACCCUGUUAAUGGAACAUGCACCUGCUCUCCAGGCUGGAGGGAUGCAUUGUGUGACAUACCGUGUCAUGAGGGAUCAUAUGGCCUGGGCUGCAAAGAGAGAUGUGACUGUGCGAAUGCUGAUGGCUGUGAUCCAAUAACUGGCGCUUGCCGCUGUGUCGCAGGUUGGACAGGUGUCCAUUGUGACAGUGUGUGUAAUGAGGGCUACUGGGGUCCCAACUGUUCUUACAGCUGCACCUGUGAGAAUGGAGGCUCAUGCUCCCCUGAGGAAGGCACAUGUGUGUGUGCUCCCGGUUACCGUGGCACCAACUGCAAACGAACAUGUUCACCUGGAUUCUACGGCCAUCGUUGUAGCCAGUCGUGUCCUCAGUGCAUCCACAGUGAUGGGCCUUGUCACCAUGUCACUGGCCAUUGCGAAUGUUUGUCUGGUUUCUUCGGUACCCUCUGCAACCAGGUAUGUUCCAGUGGAAAAUAUGGUAAACACUGCACCGAGACGUGCCUGUGCACAAACAACGGCACUUGUAAUCCCAUCGAUGGCUCGUGUCAGUGCUACCCUGGAUGGAUUGGAGAGGACUGCUCCAAACCCUGUCCUCAGGGCUCGUGGGGUCCCGACUGCAUUCACACAUGUAACUGUCACAAUGAUGCCCAGUGUAGCCCCACAGAUGGAGAGUGUGACUGCAGCCCUGGAUGGACAGGACUCUUCUGUACUCAGCGCUGCCCAACAGGUUUCUACGGUACUCAGUGUGCUGAAGUGUGCCGCUGUCAGAACGGGGCUGACUGUGACCACGUCAGUGGGCAGUGUUCGUGUAGGACGGGCUUCAUUGGCGAAAGCUGUGAACUCAAAUGUCCCGCUGGGACUUUUGGUUACGGCUGCCAGCAGCUAUGUGAGUGUAUGAACAACGCCACAUGUGACUACGUGACAGGAACCUGCUAUUGUAGCAUUGGAUUCAAAGGCAUCCGGUGUGAUCAAGCAGCCCUUGUGAUGGAGGAGCUGAACCCCUACACCAAGAUCAGCCCUGCCCUUGCAUCGGAGCGUCAAUCAGCGGGCGCCAUCCUGGGCAUCAUCUUUCUGUUGCUGCUCAUCAUGGCCAUGCUGUCUCUGGUGGUUUGGUUGCGCUACCGACAGAGGGAGAAAGGCCAGCAUGUCCCCAACGUCACCUAUACACCCGCCCUGCACAUCAACUCCACCGACUAUUCCCUCUCUGGGUGUGCUGGCCUGCUGGCUUCUUCAGAGUCAUCACCUUGUAACAGCUCCAUAGGCCACUGCUUCUCCAAUCCUAGCUACCGCACACUGGGCCCCUACACCUACGCUGCCCACUACGCCAAACCAGACAAGAGGCGCUCCACCAAGAUGAAAGCCAAACGACGACACAGGAACAGUGCUCCGGAGUGGGGCGCCUAUAGUAACCUCAGUGAGUUGGGUGUGUACUGCAUUGACCGGCGUUACAGUUACCAAGUGGAGCCACUCUACAGAGACUACAUGAAGAGCUCCAUGUCCAGCACUUGCUCCCUCAACAGUGAAAACCCGUACGCCACCAUCAACGAUCCACCUGGUUUGGUGUGCAAACACUCAGAGAGCAGCUACGUGGAGAUGAAAUCACCAGCUCACCACCAACACGUGGCACACUGCUGUGCAGCUACCAUCAUCACCACUUCCAGUACCAAUGUGCCUGCCAAGAAUGUCUACAACAUGGAGCCCACCAUCAGUAUCAUCCCAGGAGCUGGAGGCGUGGUGGUACCUAGUUACCCGCAGAGCCCCUAUGACCUGCCCAGGAACAGCCACAUCCCCAGCCACUAUGACCUGCUACCUGUGCGGCCCACCCCCUCUCAGAGCCAUAGCCCCCCUCUGGUGGGAAGCCCCACUGGUUCACUGCUGUAGAACACCCUCCACACGCUGGAAACCUGGCCAUCCCUGCCUGCCUUUUGUGAACUGGAUAGAAUUCACUGUGACGUACUCAGAAACUGUGAAGAAGCCGUUUGUUUUUGUAGUUUUCAGUAAGUGCUGAACAGAAAAACGGAAAGAACAGAUCUGGGGUGCAGUGUCUACUACAUUACACUGCUAUUUGAUCUUUUAUCCUUGUAAAUAUAUUCGACUUUAGGUGUUUUGUGCCAUGAUCCUUGUGUGUUUUCACUGUAUACCCCUGACCAACAAAACUCAGUCGAGGUAUUUAUAUGCUUGUGUACAGCAGUGUAUCUUUUUGUGGUAUGCAGAUGUUUUUCACACAUUCAAAGGUGGACAGGACCCAUUUGAACACCCCCUUAUGUGUGUCAGCAAAUUUGGCUGAUUCAGCUUGUCCAGUACUCUAAGUGAUCACUGAAACAUCAUCAAGCCAGAUCAACAAAGCAUCAAUACACUUUUUUUUUUUUUUUUACAUUAUUUCUACUUUCUUUUUUGUGGUUACUGUAGAAAAAAGUGAUGUAUUGGUUUUACAUUUUGUCCACUUGUAAUUAUUUUGUUGUUGCAUCAGGGUGAAUACACAUGCAUGCCAAAGAUUAUUAGAACAAUAUAAUUACACUAGUUGGAGCAAAGUUAGUCAUCUGUCAAUCCAUAUAUACUGUUGUGCCAACAUAGCCGUUUGAAAGUGAGAGGAUUUGAAACAAGAAUUGGUUGAGACUCAUUUAUUCAAGCUACUUAGUCAUUUGGUCCAACAGAUGGCAUUUUGUGCCAAGGUUAACUUGUAUUUACUAUCAACAUUAUCUAUAUAGUACCGCUGAAUUUAGUAUAACACUGGGGUACAAUUACAAAAAAAUUGUUGACAUAAAUAAGAGUUAGAUUGAUUAAAAAAGGCAUGCUGAUUCCAAAACUGCAGUCAGUUCUUCUUUCUGCAUGUCAGUUUUUCUCUCCACAGCAUAUCCUCCAGAUAAACAAAAUUGUACAUUUUAGCUGUAGCAAGACUGUGAUAAGAUCUGAUUACAAUUGGACUUAACAGCUACCUGUCAAUCUUUUUGUGCAAUUACAAAUGCGUGCGGUGAGAGGUGCAUACAGCUCCCAAUAGAAACAA